AUGUCGAGGACUUGGGUCCUUCGUCUUAGGGGCUAUUUGAUGGCAUCAGGAGCGACCGACUUCGCCAUGUCGAAUACCGUCUCUAGCGCCCUCUAUGAAAGCCUGAUCCUGAAACUUGUCACUGUACUCGAGAUAACGCGUGAAUCCGAAGGCAUAACAACACCUCAGGCGAAGCAAAAGCUUCUUCAAGCCACGAACGACUUCAAGAACUCUCUUGCGCAGGCCAAAGAGAUUGCUCGCAACAUACCUGGUGGGGAGUUCACUGUCGAAGAACAAGACGAGGUCAUCGAGAUGUUAGAGACGCUCCGAGAUCGAAAACGAUUAGCCCAUUUCUCUUCCAAGAACUUGGCCUCAGCGCACUCCCUUGCUGAUACCAAGAUGGAGAUCGAUUCUAUGGCGUCAACGCCUUUUGGAGGAUGA